AUAUCUGAAGGCUACAUACAAGCCAUCCACCCCCAGCCUUGCCAGGGUUUCCUCUGCACCUUGUGGUGAGAGAGAGGCAGCAGCAACUAUUUCACCUAAAUCCAGUCUGGCCAGGGUUUCCUCUGUCUCUACUGGUGAGAGAGCAGCAGAACCAGCCUGCAAAGAAGUCUUCUCUAAUGUGGAAGAGACUUACACAUUACCAUCAACAGAGGACCUACUGGUGUCUUCAACUGCUUCAGUUGGUAGAAUUUCACCAGAGGUGUCUGCAAUAUUUUCCAAAAGUGUUUUAUCAGGAAGAGCUUUCUCUGAACCAGAAAUAGUUGGUGCAGCACACAGAGGGUCCUUAGUCAGGAUAACCAGCAGACAGGAGGGUGUGGGGAGAACACCAGAUACUCUGGGAGAUGUGCAUCUCUCUGGUGUAUCUCCAGAAGCAUAUUUUGUGUCAGACUCUCCAGUGAUGUUUGAAGAAGAGGACUGUUGUGUAAUCACCACUCACUCUGCUUCAGUGAAGAAAUCAGUCAAAUUGGCCCACUCAGAAAAUAUCUCUCCUACUACUUCACCCAGCAUAGACCUGGCCUGGGAGGAGCUUCUGCAGACUUCAGCAUCCGACGUGGAUAAAGUAGCCCUCAAGGCUUUCGAGAUUGUGAACCAAAAAUUACAAUGCUUAGGGAUAGAAAUAUCUGAAUUGGCCUCAUCCAACCCUGUGGUUGUGUCUCAGUCUCUUAACACUCUCUCUUAUAAGGAUCUCUCUCACUCGCUUUCAGCUGUGGAGGAAUUCUCUACUGCCUCAGCAAGACGCUCAGAAGGUGACAUCUCUGAAAGAGCUCCCUCUGAAACAGCAGUAGAGGGAGAAGCAAUCUCUGUUAGGGAGAUUACACCAGCAGUGUCUGCAAGGUGUUCUGCCAGUAAUGUAUCAGAAAGAGUUCCCUUUGUAAAAGUAGUUUUGGGAGCAGCAGUACCAUCAUUGGAGGAGCUAUCAGAGUCACCAACUGCACUUGCCUUUGUGGGUGAGGCUUCACCAACAGUGUCUGCCAAUGAUGUAUUAGAAAGAGCUCCCUCUGAAACUGCAGGAGUGGGAGCAGAGCUACUAGAGAGACACACAACUCCAAAAGUACCUCCACAAACAUCAUUUGUGUCAGAUUAUUCUGAUGGAUUGAUGAAUGCUACAAACUUGUCGCCUCAAUCCAGCCUGGCCAGGAUUCCCUCUGGAUAUAUCAGUGAAGGUGUGUCACCAGCAGUGUCUGCAAUAUGUCCUGCUAGUGACUUGCCAGAAAGAGCUUCCUCUGAAACAGCAGUAAUGGACUCAGCGCCCAGAGUGAUCCACUCUACACCAUCAAUGGAUGAGCUACUGGUUUUACCAACUUCUGUUGAUGGGUUUUCACCAGCAGUGUCUGCAAGAUCUUCAAGAGGUACUUUGUCAAAAAGAGCUCCCUCAGAAACAGCAGUGGAGGGGGUAAGAUAUUCUGAAAGUGGUUUAUCAGGGAGCGCUUUCUCUGAAACAGAACUAGUUGAUGCAGCACAAAGUGUGUCCUCAGUCAGGAUACCCAGUAGAGAGGAGAGUGUGGGGAUAACAGCAGAGACACCAGAGAGACACACAUCUCCCAGAGUUUCUCCACAGACAUUUUCAGAGUCAGCUACAGGCUUGUCAUCUAAGCCAGAGCCCCCUCUGAGUGAUUCUCUAACAGAGUCAGGAUCUUUGGAAGUCAUCUUUAAUAUGGAGGAGACUUAUACAACACCAUCUAUGGGGGAGAUUGUUCCACCAACUCCUGCUGGGGAUGGCAUUUCUGCCUCUACUGGUGAAAGAGCAGCAGAAUCAGCUUCUAGAGAACUGUUGUAUAUGGGUGAGACAUAUAAACCACCAUCAAUGGCAGACCUACCAGGGUCUCCAGCUGCUGUUGGAGGCAUUUCACCAGCAGUGUCUGAUAGAUGUUCACAAAGUGACAUGGCAGAAAAAGCUCCCUCAGAAACAGCAGUAGGCAGUCACACAUCUUCCAGAGUACCUCCUAAAGUUCCUCCACAAACAUCCUGGAGCUUAGCUACAGGCUUGGCAUCUAAGUCCAGUUUGGCCAGGGUUCCCUCUGUGUCUCUCAGUGAUGGUGCAAAAGUACCAGCUCAGAUAGACAAAGCACUGUCAAUGGAGGAGCUACUGGCGUCUCCAUUGUACUCUCAGUGGGCAAUGUCACCAGCCGGUUCUGAAAGAGUGUCCUCAGUCAGGAUACCCAGUAGAGAGGAGAGUGUGGGGAGAACAGCAGAGACACCAGAGAGACACACAUCUCCUGGAGCUUCUCCAAGAGUUUCUCCACAAACCUCUCUUGUAUCAGCUCAUGUUGUUAAAUCUCUGUCUGGUACAGACAUUUCUCAACAAUCCAGUCUGCCUAGGAUUCCCUCUGCACCAUCAAUAGACAGAUACACAUCUCCCAGAGUUUCUCAAAGAGUUUCUCCACAAUCCAGUCUGGCCAGGAUUCCCUCUGCACCAUCAAUGGAGGAGCUACUGUUGUCUCCCUCUGCUUCUGUUGGUAGAGUUUCUACAGCAGUUUCAAGACAAUCUUUAAGAAGUAGUUUGUCAGAAACAGCUCCUUCUGAAACAGUCAUAGGGUAUUCUGAAAGUAUUUUAUCAGGAAGAGCUCUCUCUAAAACAGAACUAGUCGAUGCAGCACAGAGAGUGUCCCCAGUCACGAUACCCAGUAGAGAGGAGAGUUUGGGGAGAACACCAGAGACAUGCACAUCUCCCAGAGUUUCUCCUAGAAUUUCUCCCAGAGAUUCUCCACAAUCCAGUCUGGCCAGGAUUCAAUCUGCACCAUCAAUGGAGGAGCCACUGGUGUCUCAAUCUGCUGCUGUUGGCAGAGUAUCUCCAGCCAGGAGUGGAGUUUCUCUAGUAAUGUCUCUCGGAAUUUCUGCAGCUAAUGUGGUUGGGCCAGUGUGUUUCAAAGAUGUGUCACAGAUUAUGCCGACUAAAACACCAGAGAAUCAGGGUUCGGCCUCCUCCGUCAGGAUACCCAGUAGAGAGCAGAGUGUGGGGAGAACAGCAGAGACACCAGAGAGACACACAUCUCCCAGAGUAUCACCAAGAGCUUCUCCAAGAGUUUUUCCACAAACCUCUCAUACAUCGGCUCACGUUGGUGAAUCUCUGUCUGGUACAGACAUUUCUCCACAAUCCAGUUUGCCUAGGAUUCCCUCUGAAACAUCAAUAGACAGACACACAUUUCCCAAAGUUUCUCAAAGAGUUUCUUCACAAUCCAGUCCCGCCAGGCAUCCCUCUGCACCGUCAAUGGAGGAGCUACUGUUGUCUCCAUCUGCUUCUGUUGGUAUAAUUUCACCAGUCGUUUCAAGAACAUCUUCAGAAACAGCUCCUUCUGAAACAGUCAUACAAUAUUUUGAAAGUGAUUUAUCAGGAAGAGCUUUCUCUGAAACAGAACUAGUUGAUGCUGCACAGAGAGUGUCCUCAGUCAGGAUACCCAGUAGAGAGGAGAGUGUGGGGAGAACACCAGAGAAACCAGAGAGACACACAUCUCCCAGAGUUUCUCCUAUAACUUCUGCAAGAGUUUCUCCAAGAUUUUCUCCACAAACAUCUCUUCUAUCAGCUCAAGUUGGUGAAUCUCUGUCUGGUACAGACAUUGCACCACAAUCCAGUCUGCCCGGGAUUCCAUCUACAGCGUCAAUAGAGGAGCUACUGAUGUGUCUAACUGCUUCUGUUGAAAGAAUUUCACCUGCAGUUUCAAGAUCUUCAAGAAGUAGUUUGUUAAAAAGUGCUUCCUCUGAAAAGGCAACAAUUAAAACAGUACACAGAGAAGAGAGUGUGGAGAGAACAGCAGAAACAACAGAGAGUCACACAACUCAACACGUGUCUUUCACAGCUCCUUUGGCAACAUCUAAGACAAGAGUCCUUUCUGAUGUGGCAGUUUUGUACAGACCAUCCAUUGCUGAAGGCCUUUGUCUUGAGGUCUUGGACAUGGAGUCUGACCAGGUGAAAACACCAAUGAGUGCCAUAGCUCCCUCUCACACUGAAGCAAUGGAAACAGCUCAGGAUACAGUCAGGAUACCCAGUAGAAAGGAGAGUGCAAGAAGAGCAGCAGAAACACAAACAUAUUUUGCAUCAGGCAAGUAUCAAGAUUAA